CUGCGGCUCAGGGGGGGCUCGUGAGCGCGCAAUUCAGGGGCAGUGGAAGGAGAGCGAAGUGCAGCGGCAGGGAUGUGCAUUAAGAGUUGUGGGCGCGGACACACUUGGUCAGGAGAAGCGUGGGGAGAGUGACUGAUUCCUCUGUGCUGGCGCGGGAUUUAGCGUUACUUCACCACCCCCCUCUUUUUCUGGUGCCUGUGGUUGGGUCGGCCUGUGACACAAGCAAGGGAUAUACCAGCAGCAGUAGCUUUCAGUCAGUCUGCCUUGGAGCAGCGGCCCCGAGGCAGGUGGAUCUAUUUGGACCCUCCCCCUCUCAUUUACAUGAUGAGUGACUCCCUCCGGAGACUUGUUGCUGAUGCAGAAUGACACGGUCCCCUCCCUUGUCCUGUGAGACCCACAGAAGAGGGUGUUGCUUCAGAUGUGCCGGGGAAUGAAGAAGGCGCUGCCAUACUGAUCUCAACUCGAUGCGCACUGAGUAGGGAGACCCCUCCCCGCCUCUUCCUCCUCACAGGAAACAUGUCCUUCUUUAAUUUCCGAAAGAUCUUCAAGCUCGGGGGAGAGAAGAAGAAGAAGCAGUACGAGCAUGUCAAGAGGGACCAGAACCCCGAGGAGUUGUGGGAAAUUGUGGGAGAGUUGGGGGAUGGAGCCUUCGGCAAAGUCUAUAAGGCCCAAAAUAAAGAGACUGGAAUUUUGGCAGCAGCAAAAGUCAUUGAUACGAAAUCAGAGGACGAACUUGAGGAUUACAUGGUGGAGAUUGAUAUUUUGGCAUCAUGUGACCACGCGAAUAUUGUUAAGCUCUUGGAUGCUUUCUACUACGAAAAUAACCUCUGGAUUUUGAUUGAAUUUUGUGCCGGAGGAGCAGUAGACGCUGUAAUGUUAGAGCUGGAGAGGCCACUGACAGAACCUCAAAUACGGGUUGUUUGUAAGCAGACCCUGGAAGCGUUGAUAUAUCUGCAUGAAAGCAAGAUCAUUCACCGAGAUCUAAAGGCAGGCAAUAUACUGCUUACGUUAGACGGUGAUGUUAAACUGGCUGAUUUUGGUGUAUCUGCUAAAAAUACAAGAACGCUGCAGAGAAGAGAUUCAUUUAUUGGUACCCCUUAUUGGAUGGCCCCCGAAGUGGUAAUGUGUGAGACUUCUAAGGACAGACCAUAUGACUUUAAAGCUGAUGUUUGGUCGCUUGGUGUCACUUUAAUAGAAAUGGCCCAGAUAGAACCUCCUCACCAUGAAUUAAAUCCAAUGAGGGUGCUAUUAAAGAUUGCAAAAUCUGAACCCCCGACAUUAGCACAGCCAUCAAGAUGGUCACCAGAAUUCAAUGAUUUCCUUAAGAAAUGUUUGGAGAAGAACUUGGAUGCAAGGUGGACCACCGCUCAGUUACUACAGCACCCGUUUGUCACUGUGGUAAAUUCCAACAAGCCCCUUCGAGAACUAAUAGCAGAAGCCAAAGCGGAAGUGUUAGAGGAAGUAGAAGAGUCUAAAGAGGAAGAGGAGGAAGAUGGAGAAAAUUCUUUGCCUAUUCCAAAUAAGAGAGCUUCAUCAGACCUAAGCAUUGCUAGCUUAGAAGAUGACAAACUCAUCCAGAAUACCUCAACGUUAGAGCCUGUUUCUGAGCAAGCUGUGCCUACUGUAGCUGAAAAUCAAGUUAUAGAUAAAGAAAAUGUUAAAGUAUCUGCACAAGUAAAGGAGGAAGGAGAUAAAAAUAUAAUUGUGGACCAGGUCAACAAAGAUGCGUCCGUGGACCAGGUCAACAAAGAUGCGUCCGUGGACCAGGUCAACAAAGAUGCGUCCGUGGACCAGGUCAACAAAGAUGCGUCCGUGGACCAGGUCAACAAAGAUGCGUCCGUCGACCAGGUCAACAAAGAUGCGUCCGUCGACCAGGUCAACAAAGAUGCGUCCGUCGACCAGGUCAACAAAGAUGCGUCCGUCGACCAGGUCAACAAAGAUGCGUCCGUCGACCAGGUCAACAAAGAUGCGUCCGUCGACCAGGUCAACAAAGAUGCGUCCGUCGACCAGGUCAACAAAGAUGCGUCCGUCGACCAGGUCAACAAAGAUGCUUCAGAAGUAGUUCAGGGAAUUUUCAGUGCAUAUAAAGCACUAAAUGAUGGUGAAACUAGUAGUCAAGAUACUGUCAAUGAAAAGAAAGAAGAGAGUAUUCCUGCUGUGGAACUGGCCAUCGGUAGCCUGAAAAAACAGAGUGAAGACAUUUCUUCAUUUCCAGAAGGCGGCACUGGAAAGACCACUCUUGAAAGUGAAAGUAAAGAGAUAACUGAUCAAGAUGAGAUUAUUCCUACUGAUUCUUUGUUACCAGAAGACGUUCCUGCAGUAACAACUGAUACACUGAUAGAAGGAAAACCAGAAAUUUUUAACAUCACUGAAAAUCUUGAAAAUGAUAAAGCUGAAGUUAGCGAUAACUAUUCUAUAAAUGACUCUUCAGAAGUACAAAAUGAAAGGACAGAGAGUAUUCCUAAAGAAAAUGGUAUAGUUGAGGCAGCGCUUGAUGAAACUGCCGAUUCAGAGGUGCAGAGCAACCAAGGUAUACAUGUUGGGCAUCCUGAAGCUGAUUUGGAAAAUAGUGAAAUGCCUAAUAAAUAUUCUCCUGAAAAUCAUACGGCUGCUGAUAAAUUAAAUGAAGAUAGUAUAUGCUCAGACAAAAAACAGGACUUGGUUGCAAGCACUGCUGUGGCCGACCAAGUACAGGAAAAUGGUGAUCAGAUAGAUGACAUUCUGCCUUCAGAAGAAGGUGCCUCAGUAACAAACUCUGAGGAGUCCAUAUGUAAAGAAGCCAACAAUGAGAUUCAUGAUAAUAAUGUCGAUGUUCUAACUAAAAAUCCAGACAGCGUUUCCCAGUCGAAUAAAGAAUCAGAACAAAGUCCACCUUGUGAUAAUGAACUUAAGCCUUCUGUACCCAGUAUCAGUGUUAUAUCUGCUGAUCAGGAAGAGAAAGACAAUAAAAGCUCCACCAGCACAACAGAAACCUUCAAAUCAGAGCCAGACCAUAACCCGAAACAGCCUGAAACAGAUUCUGAUUCUGGUGUGGGUUCUACAAAUGACAGUGGAAGCAUGGACUUGAAUUUGUCUAUCUCUAGCUUCCUCAGUAAAGGCAAAGACUCUGGAUCAUUGUCCAUACAGGAAAAUAAAAGACAGAAGAAAACUUUGAAGAAAACGCGUAAAUUCAUAGUUGAUGGGGUCGAAGUCAGUGUUACUACAUCAAAAAUAGUUACAGAUAACGAUUCUAAGAGUGAAGAGAUGCGUUUCCUACGGCGGCAAGAGCUACGCGAGUUACGACUUUUACAGAAAGAGGAGCAGAGAGCACAGCAGCUUCUUAGCAACAAGUUACUGCAGCAGAGGGAACAGAUCUUCAAGCGUUUUGAACAGGAAAUGACGAGCAAGAAACGUCAGUAUGAUCAAGAUAUUGAAAACCUGGAAAAGCAGCAGAAACAGACCAUUGAACGGCUAGAACAAGAGCAUACAACCCGCCUGAGAGAUGAAGCCAAGCGUAUAAAGGGAGAACAGGACAAGGAGUACACCAAAUUUCAAAAUGUUUUAAAAAAUCGAAAAAAAGAGGUAAUUAAUGAAGUGGAGACAGCACCUAAAGAGCUGAGAAAAGAGCUCAUGAAACGCAAGAAAGAGGAGCUUGCACAAAGCCAGCGUGCUCAGGAGCAAGAAUUUGUACAAAAGCAACAGCAGGAGCUGGAUGGUUCUUUGAAGAAGAUCAUCCAUCAGCAAAAGACUGAGCUUGCCAACAUCGAGAGGGAUUGUUUGAAUCACAAACAACAGCUCAUGAGAGCACGGGAAGCUGCUAUCUGGGAGCUAGAAGAACGCCACCUACAGGAGAAGCACCAGCUACUGAAGCAACAGUUAAAAGACCAGUACUUUAUGCAAAGGCACCAGUUAUUGAAGAGACAUGAGAAGGAAAUGGAACAGAUGCAAAGGUAUAAUCAGCGACUGAUAGAAGAACUGAAGAACAGACAAACUCAGGAGCGGGCCCGAUUACCUAAAAUUCAGCGCAGUGAUGCAAAAACCCGAAUGGCCAUGUUCAAGAAAAGUUUAAGGAUUAAUUCCUCUGGGUCUCCAGAACAGGACAGAGACAAAAUUAAACAGUUUGCCCUUCAAGAGGAUAAGAGACAGAAGAAUGAAAGGUUAGCUCAGCAUCAAAAGCAUGAAAACCAGAUGCGGGACUUGCAGCUUCAGUGCGAUGCCAAUGUCCGAGAGCUUCAGCAGCUGCAGAAUGAAAAAUGCCAUCUGUUAAUUGAGCACGAAACCCAGAAACUGAAAGAACUAGAUGAAGAGCAUGCUCUGGAACUGAAGGAAUGGAGAGAGAAACUAAGGCCACGCAAAAAGGCACUGGAAGAAGAGUUUGCUAGGAAACUGCAGGAGCAAGAAGUCUUUUUUAAAAUGUGCGGAGAAUCCGAAUGCCUUAACCCUUCGACUCAAAGCCGUAUCUCAAAGUUCUAUCCUAUUCCCAGCAUGCACUCUACCGGCUCAUAACUGCCCAGUUUGACAGUUCUAGGUUUUUAAUAUAUUUUAUCUCAAAGAUAUACCACUUUUGCAGCAUUUUAGAAAAGCAUGAAUAGUUCUUAAUUUAUUUUUUUGUAAGUCCAUUUUGAGACUUUUCUUUUUUUUUUCUUUUUUUUUGUAUUGUUGUUUUUUGUAGUAUAUUCUGUUAGCUGAAAUACCCAAAACAAAAUAUAUAUAUAUAUAUAUAUAUAUAUAUAUAUAUAUAUAUAUAUAUAUAUAUAUAUAUAUAUAUAUAUAUAUAUAUAUAUAUAUAUAUAUAUAUAUAUAUAUAUAUAUAUAUAUAAACUGAGUUUUUGAUAAUCCUAGAAAAUCUGGCCCAUUUCUGUAAUGUUUGGAAUGAAACUCUUCUAACAGCUUUUUGAUAUCGAAUUAUUCGCCAACAAUUCUGUGAAUUUCAUUCAAAUCCAUAUUUUGAAAACACAUUGCACUGCAUGAAAAUAUGGCUUUUUUGGCUGUGGUUAGUAAAUGUAAUGCUUUGUUUUAUCAUUAGAGAAGAUUAUCUGCCA